UAAAGCGGCCGCGCUCCCGCCGGCUCCCGCCACGCUCCAUCCCUCACUCACUCCUCUCCGCGUCCAGCCCGCACGACUCCGCGCCCACCAUGGCCUCCAUCCAGCAGCUGGUCGGGAGAUGGCGCUUGGUAGAGAGCAAAGGCUUCGACGAGUACAUGAAGGAGCUAGGCGUGGGGAUGGCUCUGCGGAAAAUGGGCGCCAUGGCCAAGCCCGACUGUGUCAUCUCUUCCGACGGCAAACACCUCACCAUCAAAACCGAGAGCACGCUGAAGACCACCCAGUUCUCAUGCAACCUGGGAGAGAAGUUUGAAGAGACUACAGCAGAUGGCAGGAAAAGUCAGACCGUCUGCAACUUCGUGAACGGCGCGCUGGUCCAGCACCAGGAGUGGGACGGGAAGGAGAGCACCAUCACGCGGCGGCUGGAGGGCGGGAAGCUGGUGGUGAUACCACCCUGGUUCAAAACCCACCAGCAUCUCUCCGCUGGCCUCCUUGUCUGCAUGUUCAUUCUCCCAGAGCGAGCAUCAUAAAGUGUGUCACUCCUGGUGAGAAUCUCCUUUAGCUUCUCAGACUAGAGGCCAAAAUCUUUACCGAGGUCCGAUCUGAUCUUGCCCGUGUCUUCAACAUCUCAGCAUCCCCUCGUGGUUUCUUCUCCUCACACAAAUGUUUCCUCCAACCACUGGCCACGGAUGGUGCAGAUGUGCUUUUGCCCAGGGCCUUUUCUCCCUCCGCCUUGGCCUGUGAUCACUUCCCUGGGAAACACAGCCCCCGCUCCCGCAGCUCUCACUUCCUGCAGGUCUGUCCUCAGAAGUCGCCCUAGCAGUGAGUCAUCCCCAGACCACAGUGUGAAUCAGGCUGCACCCUCCUGGACCCACUAUUCCCCUCUGCCGCCAGCCCUCGUCACCAGUCCUGACUGACCGUUUAUUUCCUUGUUUGUGUUUUUUUAUUAUUUAUCUCCCAUGGGGAAGGAAGCUCCAUGAAGUUGGGACUUUGCUUUUACAGCGCUCUCUCUCCGCAUCACUCAAUUAGGAAUCAACCUGGCCAACAGGAGAUGCUCAACAGAUUUAGUCAAAUAAAUUCAUUAA